UGUAUUUACUUUAUUUUAGCGAUAAAAGCAACGCAACAAGAAAUGGAAUCUGCUGCAAUACCUCCCGCAUUAAGAGACUACUGCGUCGAUAAAUAUUUAGUUUUUCUUGGAUGUCGAAGGGAGCAUUUUCCAUUAGUAUACAAAUGCCACCAUGAACUGCAUGAUUAUCAUACUUGUGAAUACGAAGACCAUGUCAUUAGGAUGAAAGAACAUGAAAGAGAAAGACGACUAAACAAGCUAGCCGAGAAGAAACGGAAACAGAUGGAAAAGGCUGAAGAUUAGUUACAUGAAUUUAAAAGCUGUAGUUUCUUUCUUUGAAAUCUGAAUAUGAAUAAAUUUCUAGGUAUAUAUAUAUAUAUAUAUAUAUAUAUAUAUAUAUAUAUAUAUAUAUGUUUACACUUGAAUUCAUCUUUCUUCAUCUAGUUCUGUCAUGUAUUAUCAAAUGUUGAAAAUUUUGUAAAAUGAAAAUUUGAUUAUGUGUCAUGCUUCUGUCAGCUCUGUUAGCUACUGAAUACUUCAAUGAGUACAAAAAAGCAUUAUUUAGAAGUCAAAUUAUACAUUUUUUUAAUACAGUGUUUAGGACAAAAUGUAACAAAUAUGUCAUUACACCAUAAAUAAAACUACACAGAAAAUAUUUUCUAUAGUAUCUGAUCAUGUUUGGUUCAUGACAAUUUUGAUUGAUUAAACAGUAUGAAAAAAAAAUCCUUCAAAACAGCAAUGGAUGUCAUAAUGUAUCUAAUGUGAAAGUUCAUUUAUGAACAAUCUGUUCAUAAUGUUUCUGGAAAUUAUUUAUUAUUACACCAUAAAUAAAACUACACAGAAAAUAUUUUCUACAGUAUCUGAUCAUGUUUGGUUCAUGACAAUUUUGAUUGAUUAAACAGUAUGAAAAAAAAAAUCCUUCAAAACAGCAAUGGAUGUCAUAAUGUAUCUAAUGUGAAAGUUCAUUUAUGAACAAUCUGUUCAUAAUGUUUCUGGAAAUUAUUUAUUAUUACACCAUAAAUAAAACUACACAGAAAAUA